AUGAAGCAUCUCAGUCCCCAACUUUCUGCAUUUAAGCAGCCAGAAGGUAGUGACAGCAAGCAGCCAGAAGGUAUUGACGCUGUCACUGCCCAAGCCAUAAUUAAUCUGCAUCCGCAUCUCAGGAUGCCCAUCAGAAUCCUACUUCUCCUUUUUGGACUCUCAUAUCUUCUCUCUGUCUCUGCCAUUCCUGCAACUAGAACCCACAAUUUGAACACAAAACAUCUCUCAGCUUUGGCGUUUUCAACUCAAGUGGAGACACUGAAGCUUGAAAAUGGUGAGAUGCAAGAGCAGUUUGAUAUGGAUGAAGGAUUUAUAGGGAUCAUCAGGAGAAUGGCUUUUGAAACUCAAGACUAUGGAGGAGGGGCUGAAGCAAUACGGAUCAUAACCCGAAAAUCCCAGCAUAAUGAUGCUUUAAUUAACUCCAGAAUCUAUGUUCUUGUUUUGUGUCUGUUUGUGUGUUUCUGUCAAUUGUAA